UUCGUCCGGUGUCAAGUCUCUUCGCUGCGUGAAGAAGCUUUUUUUCGUUUUGUUGUUUGACUUCCAGUAUUUUGCUAAAAUGGAUAUCCGAAGCUGGAAGUCGGUGAUCCUCUCUUGGGUACAGAAAUGCGGCUUCGUGGACGAAAAUGUGCUGACUCUCGAACAAUCAAACAUCUAUAAAUUCUUCGAGCACUAUCUGGAGUAUCUGGAGUAUGAUUACAAGCAUCUCGCUCUGGACACCACGGACUCGACGCACAGCGAUCUCAGUUCGUGCAAUGAUACACCGCUGAUCAAAUUUUUGCAAACCGUUUAUCCAGACUUUGGUCCCAAUCUGGAUACAAGUGGAAACCUCGAUCGCAGCGACUAUUUUCUGGUGUACACAUUGAUGCUGCACUAUGCAUGUGUCAUUAAAAAGAGUACACAAUAUCAAAUCAAAUGCACAGAGCUCCCGGAGCACAUUCAAAAGGCCAUAGCAUCGUUUUUGUCGCGCAUCGUUAAUAGUCAUAAGAUAACACGUUUUUGCCUGGUCGAGGCAUUAGAAACGACUAAGAAAUUUUUCGAGCCCGCCGCACCGCCUGCAAUGGUCUUGCCGUAUACGACAAGCACUGUCCGCCAAGCACUGAUGGAGGCCGCCAUCAUUCCCGCCGACCCCGAGGCUCCUGGCACACCCGUAAAGGCCAUCACAGAUAGUCCACAGACUCCGCAAGAUACGCCGUUGCACAGCAGCCGCGACGAAUACUCGCCGCUGCCGAUUUGCAGCACACCAAUGCGUGAGCGGGAGCGUAUGACGGUGUUUGAAUGGCGACAAGUGAUGGAUAAAUUGGCGGCUACGGAAAUCAAAUUGGCGGAAUUGGAAACAAAAUUGACAUCGGCUGAACGCAAAUUGAUUUCGACAGAGAACGAGUAUUCCAUCUUGGAUGAAUUGUUUCAGGAAGUAUCCAAAACAAAAGUAAAUUUACAAAAUGCUAAUAAAGAACUCAAGGCCGAGAUCGAGAUACUAAGGGAAAAGAUUCAAAUAUUCGAGGAGACGUCCAUUAAUGAAGAAGCCGACGAGCAUAGUAAUUUCGAGCAUCUUAAGCAAGGCUAUGUAAAGGAAAUAGCCGCCAAGGAGGCAAUCAUAGCCGAAAUUAACGAACACCUGCAGGAUGCGAUCAGUGCACAUGUCAAGGAGAAUGCAAGGGUCCGCGAAAUAGAAGAGCAGUUGAAGAAGUGCUUCGACCAAAUCAACACGCUCAAUCUGACGGUCAAUCAAAAUAAGGCAAGACUGAGGGACAAAGAUUUGGAGAUUAGUUGCCUGGAGCGCGACAAGCAGGACUUGGCCCAGUGCCUGAAUGUGCUGCGGCAGGAGGCGCAGGGACGUCGUGAGGUGCUGAAUGCCUCCUCGGACAUGCUGGACACUUCGCUGUCCCCAGGCAGUGUGCCGGAAAAUCUUGGCAGCUGUGUGAUUGAAAAGCAGCUGCGCGAAAAGGAUCAGGAGAUAUGUCAGCUAAAAGAGGAAUUCGCAAAACUCCAGUCGGACAUAUACAAAUUAAUCAAUGCGGAAGUGAAGGUCGAACCAUCCUUCAAGGAUCAAACGCAGCUUUUAAAGGCUAUUUGUGAUGCGCUUAUUGUUAGUCCCCAGGCAGCAGCCGAAUAUGAAACCAGGAAACUUCACAGCGAGAUCGAGAUCCUACUCGCGAAGCUGCAGAGCGAAAAGGACGCCAGGGCCGACAUGCACGAUCCGCACGACAAGGAGUGCAUCAAAAUGACUUGUGAACUGGCAUUUAUCGACGAGGAUUUGGACAACGAGAAGCAGAUCGUGGCGAAGCAGCAUAAACGAAUUCUGGAAGCCCAACAGCGCCUCGACUCUCUAGCCUUGACCGAGAAAUAUAAUAAACAGCUGGAUGAGCUGCAGCACCAGUUGGAGAUCCUCGAAACUGAACUCUCACAGAUGGCCUUGCAAAAGUUAAAUAGUCAGCACUGUGUCCUCAACUACCUCGAGGAUGAGAAGGCGAGUGAUGAGAUGUCGCGGCAGAGUCUUGAGGAAACAAAGAGGCUGGAGCAGCAGAUCAACUCGAAGCAUGAUCUGCUGGAGAAGAAGGAGAGCGAGGUGGCUGAGGUAAAAGAUCAAAUCGCUGUGCUGCAGCAGCAGAUGAAGGACGAAGGGGCUAAGGGACGUCUGCAGGCGCCCGCAAGGAUGGCUGAGAUCGACCAGCUAGUCAAGGACCGCAAAGUUCUGGCGAUCACAUCACAUGAACAGUCUCAACGACUUGCACAUCGUCACGAUCGGCUGGACAAGCUGGAGCUAGCACGGAAGAAGAAGGAAAUACAGAUCAAGAAUGAGAAUCACGACCCUGACUCGGAGAUCGGCCGUUACUAUGCGCGGGAACUGCAGGAACUGGAAAGUAAAUGCCAUUUUACGUUGCAAAAAUGCGUUCAAGCGAAAGCAGAAGCCGCCGAGCAGGCUGACAAGUUGUCCCACGUGCUGCAGCGUCUGGAACAGAUCCAAUACCAGAAUGAACGCUCGAUUGAGGUAGCUACCACCAAAGAGGAGCCUGCGGCACAAAAAGAUUCCGAUAGAGAUCUGAUUGCAGAAAAGGAUGCGAAAAUAGCUGAACUAUCAGUCGAAAUGAUGGUGCUGACAGAUAAAUUGGACUCCCUGGCCGAUGAUCGAGCGAGGCUAAAAGCCAGCGCGAAGGAGCAUCGGAAAAAUGCCUCAAUUUUGCAAAAAUCUCUCGAUCUACUGUCGGCUGAGAGAUCGGGGCUAGCGAAAAAGCUUGGGCUGCAAAAAAGUCUUCUGAAGAUGUAUGGAAAGUCCAUAGAAGUUUUGUUGGAAAAGCAGAACAGCCAGAAGGAUAAUGAAAAGUGUUACGAGCAGAAAUUGAAAAAAUUGCAAGAAGAACACUCGGACGUUAUCAAGAAGCUGGAGCUGGGGAUCGAUCAAUGGCGCGAAAGAUACGAAAACCUUGAAAACGAUAUCAGCGCGCAGAAGGAGAUCGCCAGUACGAAUGAGCGAAAGCACCAGGACAGACCAAGCACAGUUCAAGCACAUGCAGGGACCAUUUCGAAGCUUCGAGAUGAUUAUAAUACGCUAGAGAAAGACUUACUCCACAAACAGAACUGUUGCGAAGAGGAUCGGCAAAAGCUCAACGAACGAGUGGUGCUGCUGACAGAAGAGCGUGACACUCUGAGACUUUAUAAAGACACCUUGAAGCAAGAGCUCGGCACUCUGAGCCAAGAGCGUGACACUCUGAAACAGGAGCGUGACACCCUGAGACUUUGUUGUGACACCGUGAACCAAGAGCGUAACAAUCUGAACGAGUUGUAUGCGACCCUACUGAAAGAGCGUGACAAUCUGAACGAGUCGUAUGCGACCCUACUGAAAGAGCGUGACAAUCUGAACGAGUCUAAUGGUACCCUACAGAAAGAGCGCGACAAUCUGAACGAGUUGUAUGCGACCCUACUGAAAGAGCGUGACAAUCUGAACGAGUCUAAUGGUACCCUACAGAAAGAGCGCGACAAUCUGAACGAGUUGUAUGCGACCCUACUGAAAGAGCGUGACAAUCUGAACGAGUCGUAUGCGACCCUAAUGAAAGAGCGUGACAAUCUGAACGAGUCUAAUGGUACCCUAUUGAAAGAGCGUGACAAUCUGAACGAGUUGUAUGCGACCCUACUGAAAGAGCGUGACAAUCUGAACGAGUCUAAUGGUACCCUACAGAAAGAGCGCGACAAUCUGAACGAGUUGUAUGCGACCCUACUGAAAGAGCGUGACAAUCUGAACGAGUCUAAUGGUACCCUACAGAAAGAGCGCGACAAUCUGAACGAGUUGUAUGCGACCCUACUGAAAGAGCGUGACAAUCUGAACGAGUCUAAUGGUACCCUACAGAAAGAGCGCGACAAUCUGAACGAGUUGUAUGCGACCCUACUGAAAGAGCGUGACAAUCUGAACGAGUCGUAUGCGACCCUACUGAAAGAGCGUGACAAUCUGAACGAGUCUAAUGGUACCCUACAGAAAGAGCGCGACAAUCUGAACGAGUUGUAUGCGACCCUACUGAAAGAGCGUGACAAUCUGAACGAGUCGUAUGCGACCCUACUGAAAGAGCGUGACAAUCUGAACGAGUCUAAUGGUAUCCUACUGAAAGAGCGUGACAAUCUGAACGAGUUGUAUGCGACCCUACUGAAAGAGCGUGACAAUCUGAACGAGUCUAAUGGUACCCUACAGAAAGAGCGCGACAAUCUGAACGAGUUGUAUGCGACCCUACUGAAAGAGCGUGACAAUCUGAACGAGUCUAAUGGUACCCUACAGAAAGAGCGCGACAAUCUGAACGAGUUGUAUGCGACCCUACUGAAAGAGCGUGACAAUCUGAACGAGUCUAAUGGUACCCUACAGAAAGAGCGCGACAAUCUGAACGAGUCUAAUGGUACCUUGCUGAUAGAGCGCGACAACCUGAAGGUUGCCGAACAGCAACACCAGACGGAAAUAUCUCGAUUUGAGAACAUGGAACGAGAGAUAUGGGGAAUGCUGGACAAUACCACAGAGAAGAUUCAGGCGCUGGCGGAGAUAAACGCAGACGAAAACAAGGAGAACCGUCAGCUACAUGUCGAGGGCUCUUUGCGUCAGGUGAAUUGUCUGGAAAUGCUCAAAGAGAUACUAUAUCAAAAGGACAUGCAAAUCGAAGCCCUGCGCAAGGAGAGAGAAGUGAUUCGCAAAUCCGAACGUGCCACCAAAAGCACACUCCAUAUGUUAACCAAAGAAUGUGAUGCGAAAGAGGCUCGACUCAGCCAGGAGAUUGGUAGUCUCAACUACAAUUUGAAGCAAGCAAAACAACUUGUCCAUCAGCAGCAACUCUCGCAAGACACGGAAACACAGCUAAAGAUAGAUGCCAGCCAGGCCCUGGAAGCUGCCAAACGAGAAUUGCAGGAAGUACGCGAGCAAAUGCUGAAAAUCGAAACGGAACAUGCACAUGAUAAGCAGCAAUUUGAACUGAUGGCACAACAAUUUCAGGCUCAGCACGCACAGAUUCUCCAAGAAAAAGCUGACCUCCAAGCGGACCUUCAGAAGCACACGGUGCAGCUCCUGAUGUUCCAGGAAAUGGUUCAAGGACACAAAGGGAUCAUUUUAAAGCAGCAAGAUGAUUUCAGGACCCUAGAGAAGGACUUACUCCACAAACAGAAGUGUUUGGAAGAGGGUCGCCAAAAACUCUACGAACGAAUGCUGAUGCUGAAAGAAGAGCGUAACACCCUGACACAGGAGCGUGACACCUUGAAGCAAGAGCUCGACACCCUAAACCAAGAACAUGAGGCCUUCAGAAAAGAGCGUUGCACCCUGAAACUUUAUAAUGACACCCUGAAGCAAGACCUGAUCUCAGUUGAAAAGCAGCUCAAGGAGGAGGUGUCCCGCCAGGAGAUCGAGACUGAAGCUCGUGCCAUGACCGAGAAGCAGCUCUCGUUGGUCCAGCAUCAACUGGAGCAGUCUGAACAGAAGUAUGCCCGUCUCAAAAUCGAGAUGACUGACCAACAAACGACCUCGGACGAACGACAGAUUCAGUUAAGCAAACAGUUGAAUGACGCCAAAAAGGAACUGGCCGAAACGAUGCAACGCCUCAGUGCCACAUACACGGCGGCUGCCGAGGAGGAGGGGCUACCCGAUCGCACGACCCUCCAGCGAGACUGCCAGGUGCUGCAGGCCAAAUAUCAGGAGGCCAAAACGAAGAUUGACGAACUACAUGUGAACCUAAAGGACCAGCGCAACGAGAUGGAGGGCAAGUUGGAAAAAAUGAAAAAUAAAAUGGACGGACCACAUAGUCUGGACGACAGCAUGAGCGCCUUGCUUAGCUCUUCGGCGAGCACUGGGGCCCGCAAGAAGUCAAUGGGCACUCACUACAAGCGUCCUGGUCCGCCCACACCCAGCAAGAACGGCGGCCGCUUGUCCUUCGGCAGCUCAGAGCCGCCGCGGGAGAUACUGCGCGAGACUUGCGAGAAUACCGGCACCUCAAAAACACCCACACGCUUCAAGAUGUUCACCUCGCGCUUCAGCAUCGGCAGCACCACCAGCGGCAGCAGUGGCCUGCCCCGUGAUGAGCGGCCGCUACGUCGGGAGCGGCCGAAUCUAUUGACCGGCAUGCAGCGCCGCAGACUGCAGCUACGUCAGUCCUCAGGCCUCUUCUGCACCUCAACGCCACGCAAGAGCCGCUCCUACUACGAUCAGCGACGUCUGAUAUGUGCUAGCGAUGCAAUCUCAGAUCAGGAGGAGGAUGAGGAAGAGGAAGAAGUCGAGCAAGAGGGUAAUGAGCAGGAACCAGAACAGGAGCAGGAGAAUGUGGCCGAGGAGCUAGAGGAGGAGGGCACACCGCACUUGUCGAAUGCCGCACUGUUGGCUAUCACCCGUGGAGUGACCCGCAGGCUGAGCAACGAUCCACGCUACAGUUCCCCUAGUUCGGGGUCCACUCCUCAGUUCGCCGGCGGCAAGCGGAAAUAUCGCAAGGGACGUGUCUCCCUUUGCUUGCACGGCAAUAUCUUUGCCAGGAGCCGGCCGCUGACGAAGAACACUGCCGCGGCCCAUGCAGGAAAUCUCAAGCAGCAGCGCGAGAAGCUGAAACAGCAGCGCCUGAAUCGCUUCGAUCAGGGAAGGCACUUCAACGAGUCCCCUGUGCCGGCAGUCACCUUCCAGCAGUCACCCAUCGCAGACAAUCUGCUCAGGCACCACCAGGCACCGACGAAUGUCACCUAUAAGCUCCUCCAGCCGCUGGACCGCUGCGCCAACAAUAACUACAGCCAGCACAAUCGCAACAAAGAGCAGCAGCAGCAGCAACAGCAGCAGCAGGACCAGCAGCUGCUACUGAUGAUGGGCCAAACGGUGGUACUAAGGCCAGAAGAGCAGAUCCUCGACGAUGGAUUGCUGCCAGUGGCAGCGACCACAUUUAACGUCAGUGAGACCGAUAGUACAGAUAUGUGGCAGCAUCGGCAGGGAUUCGAGGGGGAGAAUAUCCAGGCUUGGUUGACGGAAUAUGCCAGAGAGAGGGAGACCCCAAUCGAGAUGGAAAACGAGGACAGCCAUGGCGGACAUUUUGAGCGGUUGUGCAGGGAAACGGAGUCGACGGCACCGUUUGAGCUCCAGCCGCUGCACUACAAAGAGCAGGAGGAGCAGCCAAAGGUCAGAUCGGUGCUGCGGCUCAAUAUUACGGGCACCACCAGCGUGUGCACGACCAAUGCCAGCUGUGCCACCAAUCUCACCAGUGCCUCGUCGCAAAAGUCCUGUACAAUCUACUCCCUGGGGAACAUACAGUCGGAGCCCCUGCCGAAAAUGACCAUCACGCAUGUGGAGCAGCGGUUGGUGCACCACGAGCGAAGGACAAAGGCGCUGACGCUGCGUGAACUGUGGUACACCUUCUGUCGCCUCAAUCUGCCUGGCCGUCUGAUGCUCAGCCUGGCGCUGGCUCUUACGAUGAUGCUGUGCUCUCAGGUGGCGGACAGGAUGGCCGUGGGUGUCACCGCGGCUUUUGGAUUACUGCUUUUGGUCCUUUCGCUGAGCUGUGGCAAGUAGAUGGAUGCCAGAAGGAGAGACGCAUACCAGAAUAAAGACAUAAAACACACACACACACACACAACAAAAAAAUACUCAGUUAAUAAAAGCUUCUUCCAUUCCACAAAACAUUAUCCCAUUGCUUAUACACCCGAUAUAUAUUUGUUCCAUUCGCAGAAUUCGCCGCCCAAGCGCCGCCUUAGCAACAUGUUCAAGAGGAAAUAAAUGUAAAUAAAUGUCCAUGU